AUGCGUUUUCCAGUUCUUAGAGCGCUUCUGAUAUUCAGCAUUGCAAACCCUUGUAUCGAAAUUGUCCACUCUCAAAGUCAUGCAGACGUUAAAAAACUCCACACUGAUAUAUUCACCGACUAUAAAAAAGAAAUUUUACCCACGGCGGACCAAUCCAAACCAUUGGUAAUAGGAGUUACAUUUUUCAUGGCUUCAUUCAAUUCGUUUAAUGAAGUAGAAGAAACAAUUUCACUUACUGCGGCAGUAGGGAUGAAUUGGACUGAUCCAGCUCUCCAGUGGAAUCCAACCUUGCAUGGUAAUUUGUACGUUACCACAAUUAACCCGAAAGAUUUGUGGCUUCCCCAAUUAUUCCUGACAAACAGAGUAGACUCGAUGAAUCCGGUAGGAGAUGACACAAUGUUUUUCCCUACAAUUAUAUUUACUGGAGAAGUAAUAUACAGUCCUGGUGGAAUUCUAAAGGCUAAAUGUCCUACGGAUAUAUCGAAAUUUCCGUUUGAUAAACAGACUUGUACUCUACAGCUGAUGCCUUGGGGAUUUAUUCAAAAGAAUCUUUUAUUAUCGUCAAAUUUCGACAAAGCUCAGCUUGACUUCUUUUCUCCACAUUCAGACUGGAAUAUGUUAGAAUACUCUACUAGUAUUGUGAAUGAGUCUCAAGGAUACAGUGUGUUAAAUCAAAAACAUUGGAAUGGUGAUGAAAUAUUUCACCAAACUGUGGAUGAGGAAAAAGAACAAAAUAGUUCCAAUAGAUGA